AUGGGGUGGCUCUGGGGCAAGUCGGCUCCCGAGAAGCCCGCGACAUCGCAAAGCGAAGGGCAAGCACCCGCGGCGCAACAGCCACCGCAGGCCUCGACGUCCUCGCCAGAGACAGACCCGGAGAUCACAAAGUUCCUUGAGGAGCUGGCGGGGGGGCUCCGGAACGCAAGAAAUGCCACGGACAACUCCAAUCCUCCCUCAAAUCAGCCGGCGACCCAACAGCCCCCAGCCGCCGCGCCCAAGACGACGUCGUCGUCCUGGUCCUCAUGGUGGCCCGGCUCUUCCACGUCCCCCACCCCCUCAGAACCAGACGCCUCAAGCACGUCACAAGCACCGACGUCUACCGACGAGGCCCUCUCCGCGCCCUCCACCACCGCCCCAGCCGACGAGCCACGCCUCUCCCCACUCGCCGAGUCAAUCCUCCCGACGACCAUGGACUGCGAGCAGGCCUUCAACCAGGCCUUCUACUGCCAGUCGCUGGGCGGGCAGUGGAACAACAUCUACCGGUACGGUGGCGUGCGCUCGUGCAGCGAGAACUGGGACGACUUCUGGUUCUGCAUGCGCGUCAAGGGCUACCAGGCGGGGCCCGUCAAGGACAACAUGAUCCGCGAGCACUACAGGAAGAAGCACCUCGCAAAAUACGGGCCGGGGAAGCCCAGCAGCGAGGACGUCUGGCGGGAGCGCCGUGAGAGGGUGCCGCCUGGCUCGGCCUUUAGCGAACAGGUCGAGGCGCCGACAGUCAGCGAUGCUGAAUACCAGAAGUGGGAGAUGGAAAGGAUGGACAGGAUUAGAAAAGCGACAACUUCGUAA